GUAUUAAGAUGUUUCAGGUUGGGAAAAUUGUGUUUACUGUAGAGUUGACAGGAUUUCAGCUUAGGUAUCAUGUUUUUUUUCCAAAUGCUUGUCCCAUGUUUAGGAUAUUUCAGUCAUGAUUUAAACAGGAUUUUAUCAUUCUGAAACUGGUCUGUUGGAUAUAGAUCAUUCACAAAACUAGUUAGUAGAGAGAGAUGUGUUCAUUUUUCCAAAGGACAUUGUUUUGUUUUGUUUUAUUUAUUAUGACAUUAAUUAUCUCUAAACUAUAUUCUCAAUGAGAUUAGAGGUGGUUGUAAAGCUCUCCUUGAGUCUUGAGAAAGGACCUAAACUUUAGUUUGUCAACAAGAAUAUUCGUCAUGCGUCAUAACAUUAUCUUUUAGCAAGAGAAACAGAGAGAUGGAGCGGGAAAUGCUUUCCUGGCCUCAAUUUACUGCAGAGCAUAUGUCAUUAGUAACGAUUAACUUAGACAAAGAAGUGCUGGAUUCUAGAGAAAUGUUAUACAUUUUCAACUAAAGAACAACACAGGUUUAUUUAGACUAAGAAUUAAUUAGUUUCACACCACAUCUCAUUGGGGCUGUCAGAGUUAAUUCUCUGACCAGCUACUGGAACAGACUGAUAACAUUUAAAGCAGGCUACUGCAGAAAACAAUAGCUCUUACUGAGAGUCUAAUCAAGUUACCGAACGUUUCAGCUUUUACUGAUAAGAAUAGAUUAUGUGAAUUAGAGCCAUUUGUUAAGAUUUGUCGCUUACUGGAACAGCCUUACCAGAUAAAAAUCUGAUAUACAAGAACGUAUGUAAGGAGGAGGGGUCAGCAUUGUUGGAUGGGCAGGAUGUCAGUGACCAUGACCGAGGCUGAUGGGCUCACUGUGUUCACUGUGACCUCUGACCCCAAAAGUGCUUGGCCUCCUGUGUGCCAAAUGCUCAAGGCCCUUUGCUACAACCCAAUGUGCUGCUCUGUGUCUCAGCGCCUGAGGAGGGUCCAGGGUACCUCUCAGUCAGCACUGGGGGCUACGCAGAUUAUGGUUGGGAUUAUCAACAUCUGCCUUGGGACCAUCCUCGGUAGUAACAAUGGAAGCACUUGGCAAUUGUUGGAGUACUGGUAUCCCUUUUGGUUUGGAGUUUUGUUUGUUGCCUUCGGGAUCGUGAGCAUUUUGUCUGAGAAGUACCAUAGUCCAUGCCUGGUCAUUGCUAGUGUGAUUGCAAAUCUGGCAGGAGUUGCUUUUGCCAUUGCAGCCAUCAUACUCUACCGUCUUAACUUCUUACGCAUUGGACUGUGGUGGCUGUGCCAGCGUGAUGAUAAUGAAUACUGGUACGGCCAGCGUAUAAAGAUGCCUCCAACUCCAUCUGUUGUGGAGAACAUCAUGCUGGAGAAAUGCAUGGAGGGAAAAGCAAUGGUUGGGGUCCUUUUGCAAAGCAUCACUCUUGUGCUGAUCAUCAUGUCAGUCCUUGAGCUUUGCCUCGUCAUUAGCUCUGCUGUUUUGGGCAUAAAGUGUCUGAUGAGGAGUAAAAAGGAAGAAAACAAGGCACAAGCACUGAUGACCCAGAUCUCUACAAAGUACCCCUGCUGAAGGAGGUUGCCACUAUCACAGCUUAAAAGAAAUACUACAUUCUCUGCUAUCAUGAGUUGAAGUCCUAUGCAUUUCUUUAAAAGUCUAAUAAGCAAAAUAUAAUUAAUGUUUGUAUUAUGGCUUCUUCAAUUCCAAUACGUUUAUGUAUGUUGUGCUAUUGAUCUGUAACUACUGUCUUCAACAGUAUCUGAUUACACAAAAUGACAUCUUAAAAGUGAAUACAGACAUUUACAAAAAAAAACCCCAAGACUUUGACAUAAUUCAAAACAAUUGUAUACCAAUUAAAACAUGUCUGUUACCAUUAUUGACACUGGUUUCUAAUACAGCAAGACUGUUAAAACUGCCAAGCACCGCUGAUAUUUUGUUAUUGCAGAUAUAUCGACUGGCAUUUAUGUUUGCCGAAAAGUUACGUGAAACUGCAGUGGUAUUUCAGUAACAGUGUUGCUGUUACAGAGUUUGUCCAUCAGAGAUCACUGUUAUUUUUCUUUUCAACUGUAAACUGUCAUGAGUACAUAUCAUGAUCACAGUUCUUUAACACAACAAAUGUAAUGGAUCCUUAUAAAAAAAAUUUGUGUAUGUUAUGUAGGCUAAUAUUUAAAAAAAAAUGUAUUCGCCAAUAAUUAUUCUCAAAUAUCAAUAUGGGCCUCACAAAUUGGGUUGGGCUCUAGUUUCUAAGCUGUCAUCUAUUAACAAGUCAUAUUCACCUA